AUGAAUCCUCAGAAGAAAGUGGACCUGAAACUCAUCAUCGUUGGAGCCAUUGGGGUGGGAAAGACCUCUCUUCUUCACCAGUAUGUGCACAAAACGUUUUACGAGGAAUACCAGACCACGCUGGGGGCCAGCAUCCUCUCCAAGAUCAUCAUCCUGGGUGACACAACUUUGAAGCUACAGAUCUGGGACACAGGCGGUCAGGAGCGGUUCCGCUCCAUGGUGUCCACAUUCUACAAAGGCUCGGAUGGCUGUGUCCUGGCUUUCGAUGUCACCGACCUGGAGUCCUUUGAAGCCCUGGAUAUCUGGCGGGGUGAUGUUCUGGCCAAGAUCGUCCCGAUGGAGGAAUCCUACCCCAUGGUGUUGCUGGGGAACAAAAUCGAUCUGGCAGACCGGAAGGUGCCCCAGGAGGUAGCCCAAGGCUGGUGUGAAGAGAAGGACAUUCCAUACUUUGAAGUCAGUGCCAAGAAUGACAUCAAUGUGGUGCAAGCCUUCGAGAUGCUGGCCAGCCGGGCUCUGUCGAGGUAUCGAAGCAUCUUAGAGAAUCAUCUCAUAGACUCCAUCAAGCUCUCGCCAGAGCAGUCAAGGAGUAGCUGCUGCUGA